CUCAGGGCUUCAGCUCAGACAGAUCGUGAGGCUACGAGUUUCGGUGACAGUCCCAUGUUGGGGCUGCAGUCACUUGUUCCUGCGAGUGACAUUCCGCGGCAGGCAUCUCAGGGGUCAGGGCUUUCUAAGGUUGGGAUCAAAGAGGCUUCUAGAGCAGACACAGAGCCGCAGGGACUAGCGUCCAGAGGGAAGGGGAGCUGCGGAAGGAGGCUGUCCAAGGCGGGAUGAGGGACUUUGCGAGUUGGGGUCCAGGGCACAAAUCGAGCGAAAGCAACUCAGGCCACCCUCCUUUCCAGCCACGCCCACCCACAACCUGCACUGGAAGUGUCUGAGGAUGAAGGUGUUCGUCUGCUGCGCCUCCACAUCGCACUCCGGGGAGAAGCCGGUCCCCACUCUCCCCCAGUUCACCAUGGGCCCCAAUGUGAAGAUCAACGUGCUGGAAGACUUUGAGGGAGAGAACCCCCAGGUGCCCAAGCUUGAGAAGAGCAUCAGCGGGACCAGCCCCAAGCGGGAACACCUGCCCCUGGCCGUGGGCAUCGCCUUCUUCCUCCUGACGCUCUUGGCCUCCUAGCUCUGCCCCUCCCGGGCCGGAGAGACGGGGGCGGGCUCCGAAGGAGCUGGGAGCCUUUGGCCUCUCCCAGGGAAGCCUAGCCUGGGGCUUAGACCCCUCCUCUUGUGGCUGGAAGUGGGGUCUGCCACGUUCAUCUGUGCCCACUCCCUCUGCCCCUCUCCCAGGUAGGGCACUGUAGUGGACCAGGCCCAGGCGCAGCCACGGGUCCCAGAUGGCCUUGUGGCUCUGGUGAUGUUUGGUACCAAACUUGGGGGCCAAAAAGGGCAGUGCUCAGGAGUCCCUGCCCCUGGGACCUUCCCCUGCCCCCUGGCGUCCUCCCCGGUGGCCCCUCAGAGAGACAGACACGCCCAGAGAGAGCAAACCCAAGCGUAGGAGCACCCCAUGGCCCUCCACCGGGGCAGAGCGUGGGGAGGGGACUGGAUGGGGAGGGGGCACCACCCGCUGCCUCCCUCCCCUGUUUACAGCAAUAAGCACGUUCCCCCCACUCCUACUUCCAGGAUUGUGGUUUGGAUUGAAUCCAAGUUUACAAGUAGACACCCCUGGGGGGCGGGCCGUGGACGAGGGUGGCAGGGGUGGGCAUCGGGGUGCCAGGCAGGCAUGUACAGACUCUAUAUCUCUAUAUAUAAUGUACAGACAGACAGAGUCCCUCUCCCCCCUUGACCUCUGACCUUUCUGACUUCCCCUUCCAGCUUCAGACCCCUUCCCCACCAGGCUAGGCCCCCGCCCGGGGGACCCCCUGGCCCCUCUUUUGUCUUCUGUGAAGACAGGACCUAUGCAACGCACAGACACUUUUGGAGACCGUGAGACAACAGCGCCCUCCCUCUCGCCCUGAGCCGGGACCAGCUCCCAGGCCUUGCCCUGCCCACCCUGUGAGCCCCACCCACCUUCCUGGGCCUUUUUCAAGUGCUUUGGCUGUGACUUUCAUACUCUGCUCUUAGUCUAAAAAAAUAAACUGGAGAUAAAAAUAACCGAGUGUGUGUGAUUUCAAGGGGACAGCACCCUUCUACGCUGCUUCAACCCCGCAGGUCACAGGGCCUGGGCGAGGGAGGGGGUUCUGGGGC